CGAGAAGCGUAUGUAAAUUUCAGUCUUAUUUAGAUCGCAGUUCAUUCAACAUGAAACGAUCUAUGAUCGUGGCGAUUUUAAUCGCUUAUAUUGCAAUUGUUGGUACUUCGGCAUAUGAAGGAGUCAAGGGUGGCCAUCGUCCUCGUUAUCCAACGAGCGCUAAUCAGUAUGGUGGGCAUAACAAUAGUAGGCUUUGCUACAAGUCCGUACCAUACGAUCAUGCAUUAGCUCAUAACACGAGCAGCGGAGUACCAUACAAUACAAUUCCCUUGCCUCAAGAUAAUUAUGAUGGUAAUCACGGAUUCAUAACGAUCUUAGAUUGUUGCGAGGGUUACAAGCGUAACAUUACCACUGGUAUCUGCGAUUUUCACUGCAAGGAAGGUUGUUAUGGUGGCGAAUGUACCGGACCAAAUCAUUGUACCUGCAAGCCCGGCUGGUAUCCGGAAAAUGGACUCUGUAUGCCCGUAUGUCAACAACAAUGUCAAAAGGACGCUUAUUGUUUUUCCCCGAACGUUUGCGCAUGUAAAUUGGGUUACGACGAGGUGAAUGGCGAAUGCAAGCCAAUCUGUCCCGAUGGCUGUAAAAAUGGCGACUGUGUCGCACCGCGCGUUUGCAGAUGCCGAUCUGGUUACGCAUUAAAUUAUCGUCAAGAAUGUGGCCCUGUUUGCGAGGGUGGCUGCCCCCAUGGCGAAUGUACCUCGCCCGGUAUUUGUACUUGCUACGAAGGAUAUACCAAUCCACCGAAUGAACGAGAAUCUUGCGUCCCUUAUUGUCAAAAUAAUUGCAACGGUGGUCAAUGUAUCUCACCUGGUGUCUGUAACUGUAUGCAAGGUUACGAACGUAAUCCGAACGGUGGAUGUUCACCGGAUCCCGCUUCGAAUCAAUGUAGAUACGGUUGCGGUGAACACGGCGUUUGCAUUGGUGUCAAUCGUUGUCGUUGCGAACCAGGAUACAAAUCAGAACCAGACACGGGUCGAUGUAUACCAGAUAAACGAUCAGAUCAACCACCCUAUGGACAACCUACAAGUCAACCACCUUAUGGACGACCAGUCGAUCAACCACCUUAUGGACAACAUACAAAUCAACCACCUUAUGGACAACAUACAAAUCAACCACCCUAUGGGCAGCAUACAAGUCAACCACCCUACGGACAACCAGCUAACCAACCACCUUAUGGACGACCAGUAGAUCAACCACCCUAUGGACAACCAGGAAACCAACCACCUUAUGGACAACUAGGAAACCAACCAUCCUAUGGACAACCAGGAAACCAACCACCCUAUGGACAACCAGGAAACCAACCACCCUAUGGACAACCAGGAAACCAACCACCCUAUGGUCAACCAGGAAACCAACCACCCUAUGGACAACCUGGAAACCAACCACCCUAUGGACAACCUGGACACCAACCACCUUAUGGACAACCGGUCGAUCAACCAACUUACGUACGACCAGGCGGUUUACAGACUGGUAACAAAUACGAAACUAUCUGCGAAUUACCCUGUCUGAAUGGCGAUUGCACCGGCCUCAAUCAGUGUACCUGCAAACACGGCUACACAUUCGACCAGAAUGAUCACACAAGAACAAGAUGUGUGCCCAUUUGCGUUGGUGGUUGUUCUAACGGAAUCUGCACGGAGCCAAAUCGUUGCAUCUGCAACCCAGGUUACAAAAAAGAUCUCGGUGUAAAAGGUAGACAAAGAUGCAUACCGAGCUAUUUCAAAAAUAUUACUCACAAAUUGAUCCAAACAAAUCCAUCGAGUUUUUCUCACACACGCGCGAACGUACCUUGCACCGUUCCAAGAUCCUCGGAAAACCUUGACCUAACAGCCGAAACAAAAUCGACGGAAGCCAUGAAAUUGUUAUUAUUCUUUAUUCUUUAUAUAUUCAUCGUGAAAAUUAAAUAUUCUUUAACAGAAUAUUCCCGGGAAAAUGGAUAUUGCAGUAAAUUAGUCAGUUACAAAAAACCACGACUUGUUUCAUACCUUGAAAGUUAUCGAGAAAAAAAAUGGGGACUCUUUUAUAAAACAAAAUAUCGAUAUAAUUAUAGAACCGAGUAUUACACGGAUUUUAUCGAAGAGACAACAUGCUGUUAUCAUUACACAAUGCAAAACGGGGACUGUAUACCCAUAUGCAAUAUUCCUUGUGGCCAAGGUAGAUGUAUAAAACCUAAUAUGUGCGAAUGUUACGAUGGAUACCUACCAUUAUCCUUAAAAAAUACAGCUUGCAUACCCGUUUGCAAGCAUUCCUGCGUGCAUGGUUAUUGUUCGAAACCCAACACUUGCACUUGCGAUUCUGGUUAUCAAAUAAAAUCAGACGGAUUUACCUGUGAACCAAUUUGCAAUCCAAAAUGUGAUUCAGCAACUACUUUCUGUUCGAAACCAAAUACCUGCACUUGCAAAGAAGGAUACAAACAAAUCAAGGACAAGACCUGUGUGCCUAUAUGCAACGUACCGUGUAAAAAUGGCAAGUGCACGGCACCUGAUACUUGCACCUGCAAUAAGGGAUACUCUUUCGACUUUACGAAUAAGUUCACAUGCAAACCGGUAUGCGACAAAUGUGUAGAUGGAAUUUGCACUGCACCGGAUAUUUGUACCUGCCGUAAAGGCUAUUCUUUAACUAAGGAAGGUUAUUGCAAGCCAGUUUGUAACAAUCCUUGUCAUAUGGGUAUUUGUAUCGCACCUGAAACUUGUAUGUGCUACGAUGGUUAUGGUUUACUUAUCAAUUCGACGAACAUAUGCGAACCGAUUUGUCCAAAAGCGUGUAUUAAUGGCUACUGCAUACAUCCUAACGUUUGCAAGUGUCACGAUGGUUUUUAUCUAACAGGCGACGAGACAAGUUUGCACGUUUGUGUGCCCCGUUGCGAACAACCGUGCGAACCAAACGGAAAGUGCACCGCCCCAAAUGUUUGUACCUGUAAUGCGGGAUACUCGCUCGACAAUGAAGGAGCUGUUCACUUUGAAGGUGAAUCGGUUUGCAAACCUUUCUGCGAAGAGACAUGCAUUAAUGGAUUUUGUGCGGCACCAUCUUUCUGCGAGUGUUCGUUAGGAUACGAACAUUCCGAUGUAAAUAACGUUUGUAUACCAUUUUGUGAACCUUCUUGUUGGUCGCAUAGCAGUUGCACAGCACCAAAUAAAUGCACCUGCGAUAGAGGAUACAAAUUAACGACGAAAGAAGUUAAUAAAACUCACACCUGUCAUAAAGGUUACGGAAAAUUGAACAAAACCUUACCCAACGUAUGCAGUCCAAUAUGCGAACCUUCUUGUUGGUCGCAUAGCAGUUGCACUGCUCCAAAUAAAUGCACUUGCGAGGAAGGUUAUAUAAUAGUUAAAAACAAUGAAAAUUCAUUUAAGUGCGAACCGAAUUGCCAACCUGGUUGUCCUCCUAACAGCAUUUGUGAAAGCCCAGGACUUUGUCUAUGCGAAAAAGGUUAUAAGUCGUACAACGACAAUGGUUUUAUGAAUUGUGAACCAAUCUGCACAUUCGAUUGUCAAAAUGGUAAUUGUUCUGCACCGGAUACCUGUAGCUGCGAUCCGGGUUACAUUAAGAACGAAAACAACACAUGUGUUGCUUAUUGUUCGGUCAACUGCGGUAAUGGAACUUGCACAGAUCCGGAAGUUUGCACCUGCGACGAAGGCUACGUAUCGACGUACAAAAAUCAAACUUGCGAACCAUAUUGUACAAACGGUUGCAAUAAUGGCGAGUGCAUAGCACCAUACGACUGUCAAUGUAACGAAGGUUUUAUAAAGAACGGCAACGAUACCGAAUCGAUUUGCGUUAACGCUUGCAAGGAUGCUUGCAACGACAAAGGUGUUUGUCUUGACGACCAAGGUAAUUGCAAUUGCUUUUUCGGAUGGAACGGAACUGCCUGCGAAAAGGCAACCUUUUGUGUUGUUCUCGUAUCAGAGGAAUUUCACAUAUACGAAACAUUAUCAAUCAUUAAAGAAGAAAAUGAUUCGAUCAUAUUUGUGAAUAAAACUAAUCCAACGUGUCAGCAAUGUUUGAACGAAUUAAAUAAUGAAACAAUUUGUUUCGAAUUUCGAAACAAUUUCUACGGGGAACAAAAUUAUUCAUCAAUAUGUCUCGUCGACGCAAGCUCGAUGUGUUACACAAGUUACAGUACCACGAAAGAUGUUAUAAAAGUUAUCACCACCAGCGGAGGAAUAAUUGUUUUAAUUAUGAUCAUUGCUUUCGCCAUUGCUUGUUAUAAGUUUAAAAAGCAAAAUAAUAAUUCAAAGUAUAGUCUUGCACAUUCUCAAGAAACAUGAGAAAUAAUUUAUGCA